AACGACGUACACAUGAUUGGGCCCAUAAUUAUAUGCCAUGCACCAGAUUCUAUUCGUCUAUCUGAUAUCGGGGGUCUGCCAGUAGGUGGAACAUCGUUUCGCCCGCUCCGCCCAAUUUCUCCCAGCGACUGACCGAACCUUGCGCAUCGGACCUGGGCCAGGCAGAGCACCAAGCCAGCCUCUCUGCGAUCUCGUUCAGCCUGCGACCAAUUGCCCCACGACAUUUCAUCGACACGAGCCAAACGCGACCGACGAGGACCAAACGUCUGCCAUCCGAGCCCGACCAUCUACCCGCUUCAAUUCCCGACUCACACACGCGAAAAUGACUGGACGCGGAGGCGGUGGCGGUCGCAGAGUCCUGCUUCCUCCCAUCAACUUCAUCUUCAAGCUCCUCCAGCAACACACCACGGUGCAAAUCUGGCUUUACGAGCAGCUGUCGAUCCGGAUUGAGGGCAAGAUUAGGGGUUUCGACGAGUUCAUGAACCUCGUCAUUGACGACGCAGUCGAGGUGAAGCAGGUGACCAAGACGAACCCCGAAGAGAAGAGGAGGCCGCUCGGACAAAUAUUGUUGAAGGGCGACAACGUGUCGCUGAUCCAAAGUUUGUCGAGCUAGAGAACGACUCGAGUUGAGAGGAUGACGCCACGACGGCGAAGCACGCUCUGGGGCGAUUGCACAAAAAGUUGAUACCACGGAUCUGUCACCCCGAAAGGCUAGGCGGCAUGAAGAGAAGAAAAGCUAUUUGUUGUGGGAACUAUCUGCCGGCCUCUUGACCUCUCCGUUUCCCAAAACGAGACCAUGGAGUGGUUGGUCAUGCUGAGCCACGGGAAUAGGUCCGUCGGAGGGUCGAGAGAUGAACUGCUCCGCGAGAGCCAGGCCGUAGAGCAAUACAGGACGCUUGGGAGACGACAGCUCCCCGUCAUAUUUUGCCGUGUACCUGCGGAUGAAAAGAUCAUAAAAGCCCUUUCCGUGUCCAAGGCGCCGUAGUGAGCCCGAGUUAUCGUCGACAUCGAAUGCGACACCGGGGAGUAGCAUCAGGUCCAAGAAGGAGGAAUCAGGGGACUCGGCACCAGGCUCGCCCAGGACCCGGUCUCUCUGGUGUACCGUCUCGGGGUCAAUGCUGGGGAUGCCCCAUUUGUCGGGUUGCAGUGAUUCGUAGUCGUGGAUGUCACGCAGACGGACCAUGUCCAUGACCCUGGGCGGCGUCUCCCCAGGCGGGAAAGGCGACUUGUGUAAGUACGGAACGUAGACGUGCUUCCCUGCUGACAGAGCGUGGCGCACGAUUUGGUCCGUCUGGAUUUCGCCAAAGGGCAUAGAGAGGAAGACGCUGACCCUCUGUGCUUCCACGUAUGGUCUAAAGGUCUUGAGCGUCUCAAACACUGUCCGGCCUAGGAGGAGAAGGUAAGACGGCGUCGGGACGCAGCUCUGGAAGCAAUGUCUUACUCUGGGUGUUGAUGGAUUCGUGGGCGAUGAGAGCGAGCCUGUCCUUCAUGACAGAACGCAGCUGGUUCUUUGCAGCUACUAGAGAAGCCAUGUUCGCUUUUGAGACGACUGUGAGUCUUGAAAGCCAGCGACUGACGUGUGGUCGGUGGAUCGAAGUCCAAAGAUCGGUGUAAGUGAAACUCUGUAG